AUGGCAUCCAAAGGUCCUCUGCAGUCCGUGCAGGUCUUCGGACAGACGGCCACAGCGGUGGCGCACUGCAAAGGGAGCAAUGGUCUCAUCAAGGUGAACGGGUGGCCCCUGGAGAUGAUCAAGCUCCGCACGCUGCAAUACAAGCUCCUGGAACCUGUUCUGCUUCUGGGGAAGGAGUGAUUUGCUGGCGUGGACAUCUGAGUCCGCGUAAAGGGUGGUGGUCAUGUGGCCCAGAUUUACGCAAUCCGCCAGUCCAUCUCCAAAGCCCUGGUGGCCUAUUACCAGAAAUAUGUGGAUGAGGCUUCCAAGAAGGAGAUCAAAAACAUCCUCAUCCAGUAUGACCGGACCCUGCUGGUAGCUGAUCCCUGUCGCUGCGAAUCCAAAAGCUUUGGUGCCCGUGCUCGCUACCAGAUAUCCUACCGAUAA